GUCCACUUUCUCUCCGCCCCCCGCCCCCCCUCGUACACAUCUACUCCCGAUUUGCAUCAGCAUGGCGACACAAGAGGAGACUUUCUUCUCGUCGCAGUCCGACACCACCCCACCCACCCUCAUGCUACAGACAACUGUACGAAUGGUCGCUAUCGCCUCAGUUCAUUCUUCCGCCCAUUAGUCGUCCGUCCGUUCGAGGCGACCUGCUGCAAGCCUACCUCUUCACCACAGACGCCUUCAUGUUUUGAGCAGAGUUUCGAGCCGACCGACAAGCAGAUAAGACUACAUGAACUGCCAAUAAACUCGACAAAUAAAAAGUGA